CAAGGAGCCAGUGAAGGCAGCAUGACAGGCUGUGUUGACUCCCGCCCCCAGUGGCCUCGGCUCCACUUCCUGUCUGCUAUAACUUCACUGUUCAUCAUAACCAUCACAGCAGGGUAGCGUCCACACAGCGGCUGAUGAACACAAAGCUCUGGAUGCUUGGAGCACAGCUUCCACUGUUUGCUAGCUAGCUGUCACUGUACCCUGGAUGACAGAGGGAAAUGCAGAUUCAGUGACAAAUGGCCAUAUGACCAAGAAUUCAUGGGGAUACAUCAUAUCUGAUUUUGUGCAGGCCUGGGACUGAUCAUGACACAGCAGGAGCAGCAGGAGUUCACAGAGAGCCUGGAGGCGGCCCUCUCCUGGAUGCGGGCCAUCCAGGAGAGGCUGAAGGCCAAUGACAAUACCCAGGGGCCCCGUGAUGCCCUGGAGGGCCGACUCAGGGAAACAGAGAAAAUCCAUCAGUCGGAGCAUGAGGGUCGUGUGAAAAUGGACAUGGCGCUGGUGGCAGCUGAGAAUCUUUUGCAGAGCGGAGACGAAGAGCUGAGGAACCAGACCCACGCUAAGCUCAAAGACCUGAAGAGCCUGUGGGAGGAGACCUGCACUUAUAUCAUCCACUGUCACAGUCGCAUAGAGUGGGUGUGGCUCCAUUGGGGCGAGUACCUGAAGGCCUAUGAGGAGUUUGAGCUGUGGCUGACAAGGCAGCAGCGCAGUCUGGAUGUUGGGGUGGAGCUGCAGCUGGGGGUGAAGGAGAAGCUUUGGCAGGUGGACCAGCAGAGGGUAGUGGUGAGCGACAUCCACGGCCAGGCGGCAUUGCUGGAGAGGCUGCUGGACGAGGCUGCCGCACUGUACAACAGAACCCAGGACCCCAGUGUGGAGCCCCAGGCUCAGGAGAGGCUGCAGGAGACCUACAACGAUGUCCGUGACAGAGCUGAGGAGCGCCUGUCGCUGCUUCAGAAGAUCGCUGAGGAGCACCAGACGUACCAAGGAUGCGUUCAAAAGUUCCAGUCCUGGCUGCUGUCAAAAACCAAGGAGCUGACUGAUCUGAUGGAGAGGGAGGAUACAGCCGAGAACAAGCUCAAAGCCUUACAAGCUCUGGACGAUAGCGUGGCUGGCGAGGAGAAGACCCUGCAGCAUAUCGAGGGAGCAGCAGAGGCGGUGAGGGCCAACACUUCUCCUGCUGGGGCAGAGGUGGUGGUGGAAGAGGCUGAGGAGCUGAGGCUCGGCUGGCAGAGGCUGAGGCAGGGCCUGUGUGAGGCUGAUGAGGGUCUGCGCUCCAGCCUGGACUCCCACAGUCAGUACAUGGCCAGAUGCCAGCGGCUGGGAGAAGACAUCAGCCAUCUCAGGGUGCUGCUUCAGGGGCUGGACCACGAACUGGAGGAAGGACGCGGGGCUAAGGAGCGCACUGACCGGACCGAGGAGCAGAUGGUGGGCCAGUGGAGGAAAUACACAGGUGUGAGGAAUACUCUGGCAGGGGAGGAGUCCCAAGUGGAACUGCUCAAGGCUCAGCUCAAGGAGCUCUUCAGGUUCUCAGAGGACUCGCGCCACCUUUCUGAUGAUGUCCUGGCUGUUGUCAAAGAACAUCAGAGUGUGAAAUGCAGAGCGACGAGGCUGUGUUCAGAGUCAGAGUCAGGCCUGAGAAACAUCCUCCAGGACCCGCUGCUGGUCUAUGCACAGUGGAGCCACAUGGUGUCUCAGGUUCUAGAGGCCUCUGCUGAGGUUACUGACUUCUCCCACAUUGCCAUGUUGGUCCAGAACAUAGAGCGUCUGCUGAAGGACAGCGUUCAGCUGCAGGAGCGUCUCAGUCUACUGCAAGUGAAGGGGGACCUGCUGGAAUCUGUGUUUGGUCCCGACAGGUCUGACGGCCUGCAGAGCGAGCUGAGUUCUGCCAUCCGGAACAGAGAGCUGCUGCACACUCAGCUGCUGCAGAGGAAGAGCAGGCUCCAGGGCUUAAUCUCAAGAACCAAGGACUUCGGUGACGCCUAUGAGUUGAUUCGCUCCAAGCUGGCCGGUCUCCGGGACCAACUGGUGGCAGCCGACGGCCUGCAGCCUGACAUCCUGGCUAAGAAAAGCCAGUCAGACCAGUUCAGGGUGAUCCAGAAAGACCUGGAAGACUGUGAAGCCCAUAUCACAGCGCUGGAGACUCUGGUCUCAUCCAGUCAGAGCAACAGGACUCAGUUUGAGAGGCUCUAUGCUGAUUGGAAACAUCUGUACAAGGCAGCUAGGGUGAAGGUGCAAGAGAGUGAGGACAGCAUCGUAGACCACGAGAGCUUCCACGACAGUCUGCUCAACAUUGAGAAGUGGCUAAUGAUCAUGAAGCAGAAGCUGGAGUCCUUCCACGGCCCCUCAGGAGAGUGGAGCAUAGAGGGCCGCCAGCAAGAAGCUGAGAGAGCACUGGGAGAGUUUCCAGAAAAGGAGUUCCAGCUGCAGCAGAUGGAGGUCCAGGGUCAGGGGGUUUUGGAGAGGACUUCAGAGGAGGGACAGGUCCACAUUCUACGAGACAUUAAGCGCCUACGAGAGUCAUGGUUGGCUCUGUACAAUAUGAGUCUCAACCUGCACAGGCUGCUGAACAGCUCCACAGAGCAGACUGAGUCUGACUUAUGGAGAGUUGAAGGCCGGUCUGCAGACAGCACAUCUGGGCCACGAAGAGGAGGAAGCCUGGAGGCAGAGGCAGGAGAGGGGGUGAUGAUGGGGCAGGGUGGGUGGAUCCAAGGCCAUGGUGAAGGUCACCUCAUUCUGUCUGGACAGGAUAAUGAACAUCUCAGCCCAUCAAGGACAGGCGAGGACAGUGGACGCUCCUUUAAAGGAGAAACAGUAGAUUCUUCUGCAUGGAGCUUUUUCGGCAGAGCACGACAGAAAGGUACCAAAGACUCCACUGCUGAUGGAAGCCCUGACAGUGAGACAUCCGCAGUGGGUGGCAGCAGCAUUUUGGCCGGAGACAGAGGGGGUGCAGCACUGACCACAAAGGUCAGCUAUGGUGAGGGACGCAGAACAAGUUCUGGUGAAGGCGGUGUGGAGGCAGGAGAAGGCCUGAGCCCAGGAGGAGGAGCGUUCACGCUGUUCAGAAGGGAAGCUUCCAAACAACCAUCAACAACACCGACGCAUCAAACAUUGGGGGGCACGGGACAGUCCAGAUCCAGGAGGAGGGAGUUUGAGGCCUGGCUGUCCAAAGAGAAUGAACUCCUCUCAGGGGUCCUCAGCAUGAAGGGAGCAUCACUCAGCGCCAAACAACUCAAGAUCCGACAGGACACGCUUCAGGCUCUGAGGGCAGGACUGACCUGGGGUCAGGAGCAGUUCCAGCUGUUGCUCCAGGAGAGUCAGGGCAGUGAGGCUGGGUCUGGACCAGCAGAAGAUGUGGAUUUGGAGGAACUUCGCUACCGCUGGAUGCUCUACAAGUCCAAACUGAAGGAUGUGGGAGACGUCAGGGUCAGGGCCAGCGCCAAGAAACUCCAAGUCAAACAAGAGGAGCCGGCCAUCACAGCAAAGGCGCAAAAGAAGCCUGGCUUGUGUCAGCGUGUGUGUCGGUAUGCUCUUCCUCUGUGGCUCCUUCUCCUGGCUCUGCUGCUCCUGGCCUUCCUGCUGCCCCUCAUGGAUGAAGGCAACAGCUGCUCCCUCUCCAACAACUUCGCCCGGUCCUUCAACAUCAUGCUGCGAUACGACGGACCCCCACCCACAUAGGAAAACACCUUUGGAUAGAGUAAUGUUACAUCUCACUCUCUACUGCAGCUUAUGAUGCUAUAAUGGGCCUUGGCUUAUGUAGGAAUGUUGACCUCUGACCUCCGAUCAUCAUGACUGUAACAAACCAAAAACAGGACCACAACCUUCAGUUUAAUCUAAAGGCUUUGCAACAAAUCUAAUACUCAUUUUAAAAAUGACUCAUCUAACUAAUAGCUUUGCUAACACCGGUGAAUCAGUGACACAAUUUUCCUCCUUUAAUAUCACCUCUACUAUGGACCACAAUCUGUGAAGGAACCACAGCUGAGAGUAGCACGCACAUCUGCAAGCAACAAAUCCCACAAUUCUCUGAUGCUUCUACACAUUCAGAGCCUCACAGCCCAUGAUUCUUUGCUGUUAAAAAUCAUGAUCUUUUAACUAUCAUGAAGAAUAAAGUCCUGUAGGACUACAAGUCCAGCGCUCAUUAUAAAUAUUUCACAGUAUUAUAAGCACUCUGUAGAAGCUUAUACAUCCUAUAACCAAAGUCAUUUUUCUGCAAUCUAUCAGCAUCAUGAGUUUCUAACAUCUUAAAUAUGGUAGUCAGCUUUAUCUAACGGAGAUGAAAUUAUGUUCAUCUGAACUUUAAAUAACUUUGCUCGUUUAUAAUCACCAAUAUAACCUGUUAGAGAUGCUUGGUAGAAGUCACUUUACAGCAGCCAGUUGUUGCAAUCAUGGAAAAAAAACAAUUGCUCAGUGUGUUAUAUCAAGAAAUAGUUCCUGUUUAAUAAGAAACUAUUAGUAUAACACACCAUCAUAUGAUUGAAACUUUAACGUUAUGACACAAAACCAACAAAUCAUAUUCAAAUGUCAAAUGCUUCUGUGAUACGCCAGCUAAUCUCAUUGGUCAAGAAACAAAAAUAAUAAUAAUUUUCCACACAUUAAACUUGACAAGACACAAAAAGAGACUCUUUGAGAAGGUGUCAUUUGACAGGUAGUCAUAUAAAGUGAUGUCAUGCUGUACGUGGGCUGAGAGAUGCUUAUCCAAAGUCAGUUGGUCCAUACAAAUGUGUGUCAUGUACCAGAUGAUCCAAACCAAAGACUACAACAGAUAUGACAGCGGAUAUGACGCUGUUGAGCUCUCUCAUAAGCAACAGCUGCUAGUUUUAGUGCCACCCUCCAGUGGUCAACCAACAUAGACUCCCUGAGAUAAAGCAAUGCUUCAGCCAGUGUUGUGCUAAUGAUAUGUAGCAAUGCUAAAUAACUAGAUUGCAAAGAGCUACAAAGUGCAGCUUUAUAUGUUUUUUUAAAUCAUGUUUAAUCUUUUAAUUAUUUAAUGUCAAAAACAUUGUGUGUUCUUAGUUUUACAAAAUCAGCCAGGGCUGUCACUGUGUGUUCAUACUGAGAGCAACUUGGCUAAUGCUAAUCCCUCUGCAGUGACCUAAACAGAGACAUCAUACAUUUUCACCAUCAUCAUAUUGACUUUUCGGGUACCCGCGUGUACCAGACUCAAUGCAGGACUCUGCUUUGUCCAUUGUCAUAUAUCCCUGUGCGACUGUGGCACGUAACACACAACAGUCAUGGGCUCAUGGGCAGUGGUGUUCUUUAAAUGCUGCCAAACACAGAAAUAUUAAAUCAAUAAUAGUACACUCCUGUCUACACAGAUGCAGUGACCUGUACGACAUACUGUCAAGCAGGGCGGUGUUCCAAAAGCUAGAUUUUUAGGAAUAACAAAAUGUCAGUGUGAUUUUGAAUAUGGUUUUCUUACUUUGGGAACAGGACCCAGACAUUCUGGUGUAACUUCAACACUGGGUUGUGGAUUCAGACUUUAGGACAACAGCAUACAUUACAAAUAAAUGUACAAGACAAACGGCACAGUCAGAGGGAGGCAGAUAGACAUUUCUAAAUGAAUUCAACUCGAAAAUACCCCAAACUUUGUUGAGGAGUUGUUGAUCGUGUUGCUCACAGUGUGGACACACACACACACGGUCGACUGAUUCAGUAACAAUUUAGUCGAAGUGGUACACAUGAAGAACGAAUGAUUGAUCGAUGACAGUUGAUUAACGGUUAUCCAAUGAAGGGCUGUCUGUGUGUGGUAGGGUUAGAGUUAGGGCACUCUACUCAUGUAGCUCUCCUCCCUACACUCCAUUCUCCUUUCAUAGAGUGUGACACAUUUCCUAAUGGAAACCACAUUUAAUGCUCUGGUUUAUGUUUGAGAAGGACAGUCAUAAUAUUUGUGUAGUAUUUGCAGAAUGUACUUUGAAGAACCAAAAACGCUCCCUUUUAGGUUGUUUCUGUCUGUAGAAUAUUCAACAGUACAUAUCAAAGAUCUUUUGUGUUUUUGAAUGUAAGCUUUUUAUUUUUAAUCUUUAUUUUGAUCCUGUUAGCACUGAUUACAUAACAGAUAAUCUGCUACUACUGAUGCAGGAAUGAUCAUUAUACUGUAGGUCUCUUCAUGUGUCAGUAGGGUUAAAGCAGUUUUACUUUUUUUGUUCUUUUUUGUUUCUUUUUUCUUUAACUGUACAGGCAUCUCAUGAGAGCUGUUUAAACCUAAUUUCUCUUCUGAAGGUGCUACUUUGGCUUGAAUACAGUGAUCAGUCUUUUUCACAGCCUAAACCACCAGUGACAACAGUUAGAGAGCCGUCUGCUGUGGCCCCUGACAGUCUCUUGGCCCACAGUGUACUCUUGGUUCCAGUGCCCAAGCUGUAAACCUGGCAAUCCCCCGUUUUUGUGUGUGCAAACCCAAAAUAAUCUGCAAUCACUUUUUUAUCCUGCAUUUUCUCUCUCUUCUCACACCACACACACUCCUGAAAAUACACCCACACACCUCCACACACCCUCAUACACAGCUUCUUUCCCUAUUUUGGCUGAGUUUGUGUGUGUUAUUGACUUAUGUUGCUAUGGCAACAGUGACCAAAUCAAGUUAUCUUCUUAUACAGCAAGUGUCUUUGUUUGCCGCAACUUUACAAGUACUCCAGCAUGUUUCUAAUGUGAUGUUAAAUUCAGUUUUUAUUUGGAAAUGAAAGAGCACAGGUGAGGACACUAAAUCGUGACUGUCCCAGGUUAGACAUGAAAGUAGAACUCCCAAAAUGGAAACCUUCUGACAGCCUCCACACUGUGCUUUUUAAUGGCCAUCAGUAAAAUGUUUUGGAUUUUCCAGGGGCACAGGAAAGAAAGAAGGUGCUGUUCUUUCCGCACAAAAAAAGAACUUGUGUGUUUUAUGCUGUGUUCACAUUAUUGUCGAACAAUAGCUUUUCUUUUAUGGGUGAUAUAUCAUCCUUUAGAUUAAGAUGUAAUGUAACAAAAAUGCUGUUUGAGUCUGUGCUAGAGCUGUUCAGAAAUUACAUUUUGAUCACAUGAGAACUAACAUGUUAUUCAUUCAGACUCGUUCAGGUGCAGCACACAAAGCCUAGCUGCAAACUGCACUGUUGAAUUAUCACUGUGUUCAUUAACUAUCUCUGCUGCCUCACUGACGGGCUAGCAGGUGACUUUAGAUCCGAUCACAAGUGGACAGUCGGGACACGUUUCUGUCACCACCGUGGAUGUAUAAAGAGAAUUGGAUGUAGUGUUGGAGGUUGGGGCCUCAUUCACCGUUUACUCUUUCAAACUCUUGCUGCAUGCUCACUUGCUCACACACUAGUGAUGUCAGCAGAAUACAACACGGUCACGCAACACUUUGUCCAACUCAAUGUGAAAUGACGUUAGUGCGCUGUCACAAAAAUCAGUCAGUAUGUUUACAUGACAUUAGAGAAAAUCGAUUUAUUGUGUUAGUCCGACUGAAAGCAUUUUAAAUGGAAUUUCUCAAAAUCAGACUAACACACACAGAUAAUGUGAUUGGGAGUCAGAUUACUCCUGCAUGUAUACAGUCAUUUGGACCCAGACUGGCCGAGGUGAUCUGCGUAUGCUCAACAGUUUCUCCCCCAUGCUUUGACCCGCAAUUCAAAUAGCAUUAAAUAUGUAACAGAAGAACAAACCAGUGACAACAUGGCGAAAGCUCCAACCAGGUCCAUGCAUUUUUGGACAGACGAAAUGUACAGAGCUGUAAAGUUGUCCACCGUGGUACAAGUUUGCCGCUAGCCAACAGCAGCUAACUUGCUUGUUGAUUGUUUGGUCUGUGAUGUAGUAGGUCCACCAGAAAAAGGUCCAAAUGGGGCAUAUUGCCACUUAUUGUGGUGAGGUUGAACAUACUUCAGUCAAUAAAUUGAUUCCCCUCUGUGCUUGUAUACUGGGACAAGGACAGUAGUCCUAAAUGGCCUUGUCGAGCUGUAACCGUAGCUCGAAUUAACUGUGCAUGUAAACAUAUCGACUGUUUACACUACAAAAGAUAUGUGGUCCAAUGCAUUUCCAGACCGUGUCAGUGGUGGAGUGUUUGGAUCCCAAUGCACCUUGGUGGUCACUUAAACUUGUAUUAAGGGCUGUCCAAUUGUGACUGGAUCACCCAAGAUGUAUGUUAACACCAGGUGUGAACAGACUCCAUUUUAUCAUCUGUGAUGUCAUACCCAACCUGGCAUUUUGAACAGAUUGUCAGUUAUAAAAAUUGCAAGUAGCUGAAAACCUUAAUCGCUUAUCGUCUUCAUAUUGCUUCUUGCUAGUGAGUUAACUGUCACAGACUCCCCGCUCCUACCACAAGUCCUUUGCUGAGCAAAGUGUCCGGUGCAGCACAAGAGCCUAGUUUUUCUACUAUAAUGUGGACACAGCUUUAUACGGUCAAAGCUCAAUCUGUGUAGACACUGACGUCAUCUGGCAGUUGAACUGCUAUCUGCUGCUCUUUGUGCCAAGUUAUGGCACUUUAUUCAUACCACCGCCAUGGAUAACACUUUGUGAUUGGCUGAGAGGUGUUUUUUUAAUCAUAGUUUUGGCUCGCACUGUUUACGCUGGUUUUGGAGGUGUACCCCAAACUAUGGACAAGGUAGAGGUGAAGAAAACAUAAUGGUGACAUCUGAUAGUUUGGGUUGCAGGAUUCUAAUCAAAUCAUUUUCACAACAUAAAACUUUAAAAUUUAUGUUUAAACACGGAGUUAAUAUCACACACACUUUAACAGCCUCACUGGUGUUUAUGACAAAACAUGACUUAUUUGGCCGAUGACUAUAAUGUGUAAAUAUGCUCCAUGCAGCAUCACAUAUUAUUGAAGACAUGUAGCUGCCACAGCCUUAAAGCUUUAUGUAUGAUAACCAGUUAAUCAGCUGUGCUAAGUGCCAUAACCAGUUGUAUUUAUUCAGUAUGUAGCUUUAUGAAGCCCUCAGCCAGUGUACUGUAUAACUCUUAUUUAACUAAGUUCAAUAUAAAGUUCAGUCCUGUCAUGUGUUAAUGCUGCAUUGUAUACUGAAUCAAUAACUAGGCUCCAUGGUACUGCUGCUUAUUGCACUGCCCAUCUCUGUCUUCUAUUAUGCAUGUAUCGCUUAGACGCCUAUGCAAUGCCUGGCUUAAACAGUGUCCAUUGAUACCUUAUGCAACAUAUGAAAUGACUUGAAUCUCCUGAGCACAACUGGUCCUUUACAUACAGUAUGAGUGAUAAACAUACAGAAGAAGAAUAGUUUAAGUACACUCGUUAUGCAAAAAUGCCAGUGUCUGUCUGCUCUUGAGCGAGUCAUUCUGAAAAUAUACAGAUAAUGAUUGACAGCUAAAAGCUUCUUUUGUAAAAUUCUAUUUUAUUAAUGUUUUGAAACAGAAGGUGUCAUAUUAUUCAAAAGAGUAUUUAACCAAUGUUUUUUUUUUAAUUAUUAUUCUGAUGAAAUAAAAAUGCAAUUUCAAUAUUGUGUGCUAGAAUCGUUUUUUGGGUGUUUUGUUCUGAGAUUUUAAGAAUAUGAUUUUUUUGUCUUAACCGUUACCAGUGCAGCUCCUGUUUUCCACCACCUUCACACAAGAUGAGAGGAUAAGACACUUUUGGAAUCAUAUCUCACUUUAUAGGGCUAACAGUUUCCAUCUACUUCCUGUUUUUGUGUCGAGCUAGGCCAAACAUUUAACCAUAUAAACAUCUGCACUGAACACAGCAAUGAAAUAAAUACUGAUGAGUGAAUUCUAAAAGAAUGGACUGCAGCCAAUGCUAGCACUAUGAAUUGCACAUCACUUGCAAUCACUGUCUGCCCUGCCUCAUGGUCAGAUUCACAAAAAAAAUAUUACAAUAACACUAUUUCAGUGCAUACAGCGAUUUGUAAAUGUUGCCUGUGCACCAAGAACCCAGUAGGCAGAACAAAGGUAGACCCGCU